AUGUACGGGGGAGCUCGUGACGUGUAUGAUAUGUUUAAAUUAGACACAUUAAAUUUAAUUUGGUCAAAGUUUUCUCCUGGGUCGAUGGCUCCUAUAGGAGUUGUAGGAUAUAGUGCCACACUUUUAAACAAUGCAUCUAUAUUGUACAUUGGAGGCCAACCCGGUGGUGAUGUUAAUACACUUCCCUAUGCUUUGUUAGAUAAG